GACGCGCACAUCUUCUUUAUCUUGACGGCCACGGCAGAACCCCAGUGCACAAGACCUUUCCAGAUCCCCCCGUAGCAAUAACUGCACGAACCUCGACGUCACAGAAAGGGCGUCAACGGCUUCCCUGCCCAUCAAAAUCACCAAGCUGGUCAACCCACCCCCCACCCCCGCCCUCACGCUUCAACCCCGGCCGAUCCGACCACGACGAUGGCGCUCCCCGCCCUCACGGCGCUCGAGGAGUGCUCCGACUUCUCCAAGACGGUCGAGCCCUUCCUCCCGCAGCUCUACGCGCUCCCCCGGGAGCUGGCGCAGGUGCUGCAGCGGCGCGAAGGCUUCGUCGACCUCUACGCCUCGACCAACCCACUCAUCUCGGGCUUCGCCAUGUCGGUCCUCUUCGGCGCCCUGUUCCUCGUCGUGGCCGAGGCCAACCGCAACUACUCCCAGAUCGACCGGUUCUGGAGCCUGCUGCCGACCUUUUACAUCGCCCACUUUAACCUGUGGGCGCGCCUGGCCGGCCUGCCGAGCGAGAGGAUAGACGCCGCCCUGGCCUUUAGUGCCGUCUGGAGCGCCCGCCUGACGUAUAAUUAUGCCCGCAAAGGAGGCUACAGUAUUGGAUCCGAGGACUACCGAUGGGAUAUCAUCAGGGGCAACAUCCCGGCCUGGGCCUUCCACGUCCUCAACGCAACCUUCAUCUCCUUCAUGCAGAGCAUCCUGCUCUUCCUCAUCGCCGCGCCCGUGUACCCGGUUCUCCUCGCCAUCCAGUUCGAGCCCGGCGUGUCGAGCGCGGACGUGGCCUUCGUCGCGAUGCAGCUCGGCCUCGUCCUGGUCGAGUGGUUCGCCGACCAGCAGCAGUGGGACUACCAGGGCGUCAAGAAGCGGUACCAGUCGACGGCAAAGGUGCCCGCGGGCUGCGGCCUCACGCAGCCGGAGCUGGACAGGGGCUUCGUGGCCUCGGGCCUGUGGGCGUACAGCCGGCACCCCAACUUCGCGGUCGAGCAGACCAUCUGGAUCUUUUUGUACCAGUGGAGCUGCUUCGCCACAAAGGUGCUGUGCAGCUGGGCGGCCGCGGGGCCGACGUUCCUGGUGUUGCUGUUCCAGGGCUCGACGUGGUUCACCGAGUCCAUCACGGCGGGGAAGUACCCCGAGUACCGGCACUACCAGAGCAAGGUCGGCAUGUUCGUCCCCGUCAGCCCCUUCGCCUACAGGCCGCUAUCGACGCUGGGGCCCAAGGUCAUCCGCACAAGCGAGAUUGCGAAGAAGCAGGAACAGAAGAAGCAAAAGUGAGGAACAUUGGGGAAGAAGUCGCAGGGCGCAAUAAUGCUUGACCAAUUUUUUUUUACAUCAUCUACCUAAAGUGUCGCGGCGUGCCCCUGCAAAUUACUUUACCGCGUAUUCCACAUCUUGGUGCCUUUGAUUUCAAUUUACAGCCAAUGUAUUUAGCAACCGACCCAUGGAGUCUGGAUUGGGAGAUGGCGGGCAUUGCUAGCAUUCAUUCACUGCAUUCUGGAUUUCUGCAUCUGCAACGCAUGCAUCGUAUAUAUUCAUCCACUGUGUGUAGCAAUCACAUGUGCUCAAUACGAAGUGCGCACACACCAAUCCACAGAGGGUGUGUAUCCUGG